AUUGUCAAAUCUUCCUUUUCUUAAAGACAUGCUUAUUAGUAGUAUCUCUGGUCAAGCUGGAAAACAUUCCCCAUACCAAUUGGCAAAAUUUGAAGAAAUCGGGGUGUCUAAAUAUGCAAUGCAUAACGUACCCAGCCCAGGCCUAAAUAUCCGAACUGCAAACAGCUGAUUUCAGUGGGCCCACCAGGACAAGAGAGGCGAAAGUGAGACGUAGAGAAACAGUGUUAAUUAAGUUAUGAAGAUUGCUCAUCUUGAUGAUACAUCUCAGGAAAUCACAGAACAGCAGGUGACAGAGUUAUUAUUGGAAGUACGCCAUCAGACUAUACUUCACUGGAAUUAUCGACGGCUGAAAGUCUUGCCGCAGAGAGUGCUACGGGAAUGUUCUCAUAUCCAUCAGAUAUAUCUAAAGCGAAAUUUAUUAACAUCCUUACCUGAUAGCAUAGGAUGUCUCUCACAACUUACUUACUGUUACCUCCAUGGAAACAAUUUGCAGUCUUUGCCAGAUUCUAUAGGAGAGCUGGUUUCACUUCAAGUACUUGACAUUGGUAACAACAAGAUUAGAAACCUCCCAAAAACACUCGGAAAACUUCCAUCUAUACGCUCUUUAGUUGCUGUCUACAACCAGAUAACUUGCUUUCCUAAAGAACUUUGUAAUCUAAAGACAUUAUCAGUGUUAAUGCUCAGUAGAAACAACUUGAUACAUCUUCCUGAGGCUAUUGGUGGACUGACAGGCUUGCAGGGCUUAUACAUUGACCACAAUCACAUCAAGGAAUUACCUCGUUCCUUGGCUUCCCUUCCACUCCUCACCAGAAUUUCAUGUUGCUGUAAUUCAUUAACUCACCUACCAGCCUUGACUUUUAACAGCAAACCAACGGUUUUCUUUGAUGACAACCCCCAGAUAAAUUACCUUCCAUUUUCUGUGAUGCAACAACUUCGAACUGGAGAAUCGUGGGAUCCAGUUAUUUUGCAAACAUGUGGAUGUUUCCAGGAAGAAGCCAUAUUCAAUAAUUCAGUUUUUGUUUCAACCUCAGUUCCUUCAAGAAAUGGUGAUCUUAGAUGCCUUAUGCUUCCUUCACAGUUAAACAAGAUUACUACACCAAACAAGGACUUUUCAGUUCCCCCUCUGUUUGAACUGUGUUUACAUUAUGUGUGGAAGGAAAAUAUUAGGAUAUUUGCUGCUAAUUCAGCCAGAAAAACAAAUCCUAAUGUGAAAUUGGAUCACUUACCUCUCAGCUCUGUUCCUCCAAAUAUACAUGGUCUGUUGCAGGUAGGCCCUGUAGCUUAUUGUAAUUAUGCCAAGUGUGGGUGUCCAAUAUUCACCUACUGUAGCAUCAAGGUUGUGAAACUGACAGUCACAAAAAGACUGGGGGGACUGGGGAAUAUUGUGCCAACAGUUUUCUACUUUUGCUGUGACAGAUGCAACGUCAGAUAUCUGGAAGAUGUAAGAGCAAUGAAAGACAAUUUUUCUCUGUGGCUGAAUAGACAUCUGGAAAAUGCAUGCAUGGUUCAGGUACUUUAGUUUAAAAAAUGGUUAUGUUUAAAUACUAAUGAUAAUUUCAGUAGUAUACAGGUUUAUGUAUAAGCUAGUGCUUUAUAAAUGGUACUAUUGGAAUAGUUUAUACUUUUGUACAUUAACUGAUUUAUUGGAAUAUCAGUUUUUAUAUUGUUGUACAGUUUAUAUUCUCCUGUAUGCCAGCUCAUGGUUUGUUAUUCUCUAUGCCAAAUUAAUUGUACAGAUUAGUUACCAAAACAGUACUGCUAUCAAUAAAUUUUUUGUGUACAUUUUUCAA